AUGGACACUGCCAGGGAGCCACGACCGGGAGACGAGGACUUUGAUGGAUUUCAAAUGAGACCCGCCGAGGACUGUGUAGAGUACAUGCUCUUCGUCAUUGGCGACAAGACGAGCAACACCCUUCCCAGUCUGGAAUCAGUUCGCAAGGCUGCAGAUCAGAAGCUGGAUGAGCUGGCCAAGGACUACAUCUGGCAGAGAGAGCCGUUUAAGCUGGAAACAAAGGUACAAAAGGGCCUCGGGAUCCCAUAUCUACAUGGGACCACCCGCUACGGAGACAAUGUCGAGGACGAAUGGCUCAUUGUGUACCUCCUGCGAGAACUGAGCAAGACAUAUCCCAGCCUUUGGGUCCGUGUCUCCGACAAUGACGGCGAGUUCCUCCUCAUCGAAGCCGCCAAGGUCACUCCGAAAUGGCUCAGCCCGGAGAAUGACACCAACCGCGUCUGGAUCCACGAAGGCAAGCUGCUCAUCAUCCCGCCAAGCAGUGCCACGAACACCUCAAGCCCCUCUAUCUCCAACUCCAACUCCAAACCCCUUACCCUCGCCGAAGCCAUCUCAACGCUCAGAACCACCCCGUCUUCCGCCCUCGUCUACUCCCCCCUAGUCGAAGCAGAAGCCUUCUACCGCCUCGAAAAAUAUCCCUCCCACAUCCUCACCUCCCUCCACCACUCCCGGGCCACCAUCCCGCGAAAACUAGCCUACAUCCUCCAGACCCUACCCAAGUCCAUCGCCCCGGCAACCGAAGCCUUCUACCUGCGCACCGCGGACUCCCUCAAGCCUCUUCUCUCUCCUAAUUCAAACAAACUCAUCUUCCCGCCCACCGACCUCGUCACAGUCAGCGUCCGCUUCACGCGCGUCCUCUACGCGCAGCUCGUGAUGCAGCACUUCCCGCCGCCGCUGGUAUGGAGCAACCGGCUGCGCGACGCCGAGGUCGAGGUUGCGACGACGACGAUUGCAGCAGCAGCAGCACCGGAAUCGGCAAGAGCCGCAGAAGCGAAAAAGAAACUGGCGCGGCUUGAACUGGGCAUGAAGCUCACUACGGGUUUCGAGAUGCUACUACAAGCAGCGCAGGCGCACGAGAGUUCGAACCGUGUCAUCAGGGAGGUGGCGCUACUCCUGGAGGAUCUGGCCGAGGACGGCGGGGAUGAAGUGGUGCUGCCUUUGGACGAGGAGAUUGCGCGAUGGGAGGGAGUGGACAGGGAGGAUGAUGACGGGUGGAUGGAUAUUGAUUUUGAGGAGUUUGAGCGUGAGUUGGAGGGGAAGACUAAGGAGAAGGUGAAGGGAACGGCUGGAGGUGGUAAUAAUGGAGAAGGAGGAGGUGGUGGUGAGCGAGGGGGUUUUGGGAAUGCCGCUGCGCAGGCUGAUUUGCAAAAGAUUGUGUCGAGGUUUGAGGCGUUUUUGAAUGAUGAGACGGCGGGGAUUGAGGGGGCUGAGAUCGAGGAGAUGGAUCGGGACAAUGACAGUGAGGAGGAGGAGGAGGACGACGACGACGACGAGGAGGAAGAUAAAGAGAUUAGUUUUGAUGAGGAGCAGUUUGCGAGGAUGAUGCGGGAUAUGAUGGGCCUUCCGGCGGAGGAUGUGACCCAGAAGAAGGGCAACGCAAAGGCUGUCGAGGAGGAAGCGGCACAGGGAGAGAUGGCCGAAGAAGAGGAGGACGAAGACGAAGAAAUUCGGAAGCUCAUGGAGCAGAUGGAAUCAGAGCUCAAGGGCCACGGCGUAUUGGAGUUUGACCCUAAGCCGAAUGCUACGUCCUCGAUCACUGAGAAGGGUGAGGGACCAUCCACAGCAGGAGCAGUUGCGCCCAGGGAAGAGGCCGACAACGAAGGCAGCGACGAGGAGGUGGAUAUUGAUUACAACCUCGCCAAGAACCUCCUGGAGAGCUUCAAGAGCCAGGCAGGCAUGGCCGGUCCCGCGGGUAACCUGCUCGGUUUAAUGGGUAUGACCUUGCCACGGGACGAUGAGGGGGACUGGGAUGAAGACAACAUGUAG